AUGUUUGAGGUGCUUGGGCAUAUUCAAAACAUGCCGGCUUCAAAUGCUUCAGCUGCGGGAUUCAAGGGCAAGCAAUCCGUCUUGACGCCGGCGCCAAGGUACGCAGCUCGCUUGUCAUCUCUGCUCCGUGUAGGAGGACGAAUUCUCCUGGUGGCGGUGCAGUACGACCAGAACAAGCUGCCGUACGAUCGCACUCGGUACAACCCGCCACCGUUCAGUGUGACCCAGCAGGCUGUGAAGAGACUCUUCCCGGAGCCAUCCUGGUCUGUGACCCUGCUGGAGCUUGAGCCUUGCAAGGCUCGGCACUUGGAGAAUCGGCUCAGGGCGCUGACGGAGGAGCCUACGAGGAAGAACCUUCCCGCGGCUCACUUGACGCCCCUUCUUGCUGGUCGCAGUGCGCCGAAAGCAGUUGAAGUGCCCAAAACGACGUUGCGCCCACAGAAGCGCACCACGUUGAGCCGAAAGGGGAAGGUGGCCUGCAAGUCACGGCGGACGAGCCAGUCGCCCGACCUGAGGCCGCGGCGGCCGCCGCGGGAGCUGCCGCCUUGGCGGCCCGGAGGCAGCUCCAAACCUUCAGCUACCCCAACCCUUCCUUUGAAGCGGUCAAGCAAGAGCCUGACCAGACCACAGACGUCGUUGGUCUCUCGCUCUGCACAGAAUUCAGCAAGGGGCGCAAAGGGAAGAGGCAGCCUGGAUUGGCUUGGCUGCAAUACCUCGCAUGGCGCAGAUGAUCAUAGGCGUCUUUCUGACGGCGGUGUGGCACACAUGCGAGGGCAGCGGCCGUGGCUACCACUCCCUGACGCUGCAUUGGCAAGGGUCUUCACGGGUGAGGGGAGCAUGUCCGACAGUGUCAUCGAGGGAGGGCCUGCUCGACCCAACCUGCCAAUUGUUCCGUCCUUCGAGGGGCGGAAGCGAGUCGCUGAAGAGGCGCGGCGGAAGACCGCCAGAGACAACGAAAGAAGGAGGCGGUUGGAAGCUCUGGAGGAGGCCAAUCGUCGCCGGGAGGAGCGGCGCAGGAAGAUGCAUGCCCAAGCUCGACGGCUCCUCGUGCUGCGACAAAAGGCGCUGGAAGCUGAACAGGAGCACGAAGACGUGGAGGAUUUGGAGGAGGACAGCUCGCCGGGUCACAAACACCAGGAUGGGGAGCGGACGAUCAGAUUCAUGCCGCCCUGCGACGAGAGCUCCGCAGGCUCAGACCCGGAGAGCUCCGAGUCCUCGCAGGAUGAGUGCGAGACGCGUGACCCGAAGCCAGUCAGGCUGCCCUUAUGGUAUCCAGACGAUCUACCGCUGGCUAGCGGCCCUUUCGGAGCUUCCACCAGCGAGUUGCCCGUCAGCCACCUGGUGCCACCUGCGCCGACAGCAAGGUGUACGGGGCACAACAAGGUGUCGGUGAGCUGGCAACUGCAUGGGACAAGGCUGCUGGACUUCACUUGGCAAGUUCGAAUCCGCAACGGGGGCGGUCAGUGGCAGAAGGUGGACCUGGAUUCUGGCCGCAUAGAGCCGCCGGAGGUCAAUACACUGUCCUGGAAGCAUCGGGCCUGCCUUGUGCAGAAGGGCUUGAAGGUGCUGAGCUUUUGCGUGGAGGAGGGCCGCAAAAGCCAACGGCCAAUCCCAGGCACGGUAGUCUCCCACUACCCUGGCUUAGUGACGGUUGACUUUGAGCUCAUGGGUGGACAAAUUGUGCGACAGCGAGUGCCGCAAGAUUGGGUCCUGCUGGCCGCAACUUCCCGCGAGAUCAAGGAUGUUGCAUGGAGCUUGCUGGAAACCAGGUUCGGCCCAGGCCGUGGUGGCAGGCGGCUCUGGCGAGUGGCCAAAAACAAGGUCUAUGAGCGCAUCAUCAGAACGCACCGGCAGUGCGCGGUCUUGUGGAAGCAACAGGUGCAACUUCCAGAGCCCGGAUGUCGAGUUUCUAUCAACUGUGCCAUGGGUUUGCAGGUGACCGAUCACGAUGAGAAGGAGGACGAACUCUCACCGGACGGCGGCAGAACCACAGCAUCAAGGGAGGGCAGGUUUCAGAGCAUCAGCUCCUGGUGGCCGGCUGUUCUACCUGUUGAGGCUGAGCACGACUUGCGGAGCACAACAGACCUUCCAGAGGAGUUAUGUGCACGUGCUGACCUGAAAGUUCAUCUUGAACCCUACCCACGCGUGCAGGUGAUCCCCAGGCAUUGGAUAUGUGAGGAGCUUGCAGAAUCUGAGCGGGCGAAGCGGAAUAUAUGCCCAGGGCAAGCGGUGCUAUCUUAUUACGCUGUCAGCAGCGUGGGCUCGGAAGAUGGGGGUGAGGUAUGGGGCCCUCAUCCAGAGCCCCGGGAGGCUGGCGAUGUGACGCUCCUCUUUGGCGGCGCUCACUUGACCGAAUCUCCUGAGGAGCAGCAGGACCGUUUUGCCCAGGCCCGCAAGUUCUUCUUCGGCUCGAGGGAGGUCCAGCACCGCUCAGAGCGGGCGGUGCGGGGCAAGGUGCUCAGGGAACUGAUUUCUCCUGCAGAAGUGUACGUUUACCUUCAAUGCAUGGAUCGGAGAAAGCCUGUGAGGGUGCCUUUGGCCUCCAUUUGGAGUGUGCAGCCGAACGAGCCCACUCGUCGCGUAGCACGCAAAAGACGGAAGGUUUUAGAAUGGUUGGUGCAGCGGACGGCACGAGACCGUCCAGCAGAGGUCAUUGCCAGACAAGGCUCUUCAUCAGGUUUAUAUCACCCGAAUUACGGAUUUUUGUGGGAUGAGGCUAUAACUUUGAGUCCGGGCGUCAAGGUGUCCUUCUUCUCUCUACCUGGCAGAGGAGAUGCAACGACUGCAAGUGUGGCUUCUUUGGCAUCGCCUGGAAACUUUGCUUUCCGACGGCUCUCUUCAGGGAUUGUUGUGCGCACGGUGGCAAAAGUGUCACACUAUGAAGUCAUGUUCGACGAGGUGGUUCCGGAGGAUCGGUGGGUCUCUGCCUUCAACGUGGGGAACCAUUUGCAGCCUGAUGGAACGGUCGAGAGGCUCCGACGACCAGAGCUCACAAUUCACGACCUGCCAGAGGACAUGCACAACAUCGAGGUGUCAAUUGGUCUCUCGUCGGCACUUCACUCGGAGGAGGUGAAGUGGAGCAAGCCGAGCAGGCCUUGUCGCGUGCUGCAGGCAGGCAUUCAGCCUCUCCCACCACUGCCUCCGGUACUCACAGUUCUUAGCAUCAGCAGAGCGCAAGUGCGGUGGGUGCUGCCUACGGAGCCAGCGUCUGUGUGCUUUCGCUUGAGAAUCAGAGAGCGGGGUGCGAAGGAGUGGGGCUUUCUCGACUCGUUUGGGCACGCGCGUGAUGAAGACACUGUGUUGGCCUGGCGUUCACGGCUGGUGCCUCUGGUGGAGGGGCUGUGGGUCAGCGCCUUCGGCGACUUUGACAAACGAAAGUCAUCCACACCGGGGGCGGCGAAGGUGAGAGGCGUGGAUCGAGCCACCGGGUCAGUCGAAGUGGAGUUUGUUCGGCCUCAAGACGACUUCUGCAUUGGUGGUGUGCCAACCUCCGUGCUGGCCUGCACCCAGUGCUCUCAGAAGCUGGGCCUUGUUCAGGACGAGAUUCACACGAUACCGUUUGCCUGGAUCGAGGCUGUGUGGGUAGCUGAUGGCACGAACUACCUGAAGGGGACGCCUUUGCCAUCGCACACAGUGGAGAAGGAGGCUUCGACCCACAUCAAUGAGCUGGGUGGGCGCGCCGAGUCUGCGUUCCUGCAGAUUGAAGGCGACGAGCGAAUCAAGGUUGUCAACAAGCCGUGGGUCAAAGCACUGGCGUCCAAAGAUGGCGUUCGGAAGGUGCAGAUCAUGGCCCACGAAGUGGUGGGCCUCAAGGCAGAGGUCGCUUACGAAUUUUCCGUCCAAGCGCUGACCAAGGGCGGUUGGACGGAAUGGAGUGCACCGGGCACGAUUCAGAUGCCCCGCAUUGGCUACGAGCCUGAGCAGCUUGUCAGCGAGCGCAAAGCGAACGCUUUGUACCGAGCCGACUUGCUGCCCCAGGCCCUCUACAAAGAGUACGAGCGGUGCUGGGACUCGGUCGAAGAAUGUCUUCAAGGUGACCGGCUUGAUCGAAUUCAGCAAGUAUUGCACGGCAAGAAGGAAUUGGCGGAGGAGUUUGACCAUGAGCUCUCCAGAUGGCUGGUGGACAUGGAGGGGCCUAUUCGAGAAAGCAGCCGCAUGCUCGAGGUGGAAGCGCGCCUUUUGCUGCGGGACCUUGUGAGUCGCAAGGCAAAUGUGAACUACCGAGAUCAAGCAACUGGCCGCGUACCGCUGACCUAUGCGUGCGAGUAUGGCUGGAAAGUGCGGCCAGGUGUUAUAGAGGAACUGCUGAAGUUACGAGCGGACGUGGACUCUAUGAAUGAUGCAAAGCACACAGCGCUGGGAAUCGCAGCAGCUGGUGGCCAUUCCUCCAUCGUGGAAAUCCUCCUUGCGCAUGGGGUUGAUGCCACGAUCGUGAGCAUGCAGGGGGAGACUGCGCUGCUGCGAGCACGCACUGGGCGGAAUGCUGCCAGAGGCUUGACGCAUGCGCAGAUCAAGGGCGUCACUCGUUGCAGGCAGCUCCUUUGCGAAAAUCGUCUUCCCUGGGAUCGCUUCGAAUCCGCAGUGGCGAGUUUGGCGGAUGACCCGCCAGCGGCAGCUCGCGCCUUCCUGGAGCUGGCGUUUCCAACUGGGCCUGCAACGAUGUUUGUUGCCGACAAAGAGGGCAAGAGGAUCUCCCGGCAUGAUCGGCUGCGAUUGUAUGAGCAAAUACUGGAAGUGCGAGAGGUGGAGGGCACUGGAUGGGAAGAGGCUGAACGUCGUGGGCGGCUUUGUGCGCACAAGUUGUUGCUUCCGCAAGUCCGCGCUGCCAGUCUGCAGCAGCCGCCGAACAAGGAGUGCAACUUCCUUGCACGUUACUUGCUGCACAGCGGCAUCAUGAGCUGGUGCGUGCAAGAGGCCAAGGAGCUGGCGGCAGAGAUCUUGGCGCAUUACGACAGGGAACUGCAGACCAGGAGGAUGGAGCUCAAGAAGCUGCCACGGCUCACCCCAGAGGCUGAGAUUCUCCUGGGCAGCAGGCCUAAAUUUGCAGGCCGUUCCCUUCAUCAAUGGCACGCGCAUGAUGAUUUGCCUUGGCUCACGCAGCAGAACGUGGUGGGGACUUUCGAGGCCUUGGUGCACUCCGGUGCGGUAGUGAGCAUGGAGGAUUUCUGCAGCUGGGUUGGCGAACUCAAUGCACAGAUUUGUGCAAGCGAUGGCUUGAACUCUCCUGUGCAGUUGGGCGCCUGGGACAAGAGACUGCCUCUAUACUUCUGGGGCAGUGCUUACACCAAGUUCCUGAUGGGAGAGGCGCAGCGAGCUGCGGUUAUUUUCCACAAGAUUGCCGGCGAUUUGGCUCGCCGCGUGGGCAAGGUGGAAUACCGUGACGCUCCGAACAAGCAGCCCUUCCGGGUGCUAAAGAAGCAGUUUGACUAUGCCUCGACCGGACUCGCCCUGCUUCAUGAGGCCCUCGACCUCAUGAAGGGAAAGUUCAGGAGAGCCUUCCGCGCCGACUUGCCUGGCCUCUCGACUUUUGAGGACGUCACCGAUGCCGAUGCCGAAGGCGAAGGUGUGGACCUGGUGUUGGCUCGCCUUGGCCAGCUGCGAUUGGCUGUGGAGGCCGUUUCUGCCUCGAACAGCUGCUGUGGAGUUCUGGUUGUUCUGCAGCCGGAGCUGGAAGCUCCAACAGCGCCGGAGCCAGUUUCAGGCUAUGAGGCCCCGCAAAAUGCGAGGGCCUUCGCCGAGGAGACUCUGUUGACAGCAGGUGCCGAGGGUCUCGUGUACGUUGACAGACGGCCAGAGGGCUCCGCAGAAGCGAGAAGGAUACUCCUGGAUGGCUUGCAGCAGAUCAGGAGGCGGCGAGUUGGAGUCGAGGAUGAAAUUGAGGAGGAGGAUGCUGGGUUCCUGAACCCUUACAGCGAGAAAGCACAAGUGCUGUUCGACAUUCGUAAGUGCAGGACCGGUGAUACCUCCGAUUUGCUUUGCACUGGGGGCUUGUUGGACCUGGUCCGCGGCAGCCUCACCUGUAGCACUGAGGAGGAGUUUGUGGAGAUCUACAAUUUGGCUCUGACCCUCACAGUGGAGAACGAUCAUGCCACCGUGGUGCGGGCUAACCCCGCGGCCUCGAUCUCGGGCGCAGCCUUGGCCGCCUUGGGCAAUCACAGGGUUGGGUCUUGGCUACGGGAUCGCUCGCAGAGCUCACGCAGGCGCCCUGAGCAGGAUGAUCGAGUCAUUGUUCCAUCCGAAGACUCGACACAGGAGCCGUUGCCGGCUGAAGUUUACAACCGUGUAGCAGACUUUGACAAUGGGCCUUUUGCGAAUCCGCAAGCCCUGCAAGAUGAGGCAUUCUAUUUGCCUUCACUGCACUGCAGGCCUGAGGACAGCUCGGUGUUUGAUCGACUAAUGUCCGAGUUGGAGUUUAAAGAUUGCUGGCUUGAGACCGGCAUGAAAUUUUCGCGGCAGAUUUGCAUUGGCGACGAGCGAACGUUGGCAAAGGCACCAACGUACCGUGCCAUUGUAGAGCACAUGAUCCCUCAAGAGGGGCCUCAUUGUGGUCCUCGGAUCUCAGUGAUUGUGUGGUGUGAUAGGCAAAAGGACGACAACUGGAUGGGAUCUUUGGGAAGCUUUCCGCACAUGCUGCAGCACAAUCCUGCGCCAAAGGGCAAGGAUUUCGAGGCCCAGCCUGGCCGGCACAGCCAAGCCAGACGCGGGCGCCGGCUUUCUGAUGAGCUGGAGGAGGCUUUAGAAAACACACACAAAGCCUUUACACUGCAGGGGGCACAGCAGGUCUUUGCCAUUCUUCGCGGCAUCAAGCUCAUCGAAAAUCGAACUUGGGCCAUACCGAAGGGUUGGUAUGCAAUUCAUGCUGGAGCACAGAUGAUCAAUGAGGAGCGUGCUCAACGCACCUUGCAGGCUUGGCCAGAUGCGCCUCCAGAAGAAGAGCUGCCACAUCGAGCGAUUGCGGGGCUGAUCUACGUCCAAGAGCACAGGUCGCCGCAGCAGUGCAAAGACGGCUAUAUCUGGGCCCGUGGGCCUGUGUGCAAUGUCAUCUCUCGAGCUAUCGAGCUAGCCCGCCCGGUACGCUGUCGCGGUGACCGUGGGCUUUGGCAGCUGGGGCCCUUAAAGGACCGCAUCCGAAAGGUCGAGCGCUGCCCAAGCUUCAAGAAGUAUGGCGUCCAGGUUCGUGAUGUGGUGUUUCUGAUUGAGAAGAAGAGCGAAGGCGGAUCCAGCCGCACUUCUGUCAUCAUGCUCGCCGCGGGUGCGGCUGCACUGCUUUCAGGCUUGGCUGCUUGCGGGCUGCGAGCUGCCUAG